AUGGUCGUCGUUGCCUUCUUGGAAACGACAGACAUCGAAACAUCUCCAGGAAUAGUGUGCUCUGUGCUGCUGGGCACCGUAUCGGAAUUCUUGGAAGCGGGCUGGAUCGGCUCGUCGGUCACUGGACGCCUCAAAUUUCUCGUCUCGUCUCGCGUUUUUGCAGCUCUUCUGCUUCGGCCACGCCUACUUCCACUUCUAACGCUUAUCUUAUCGCCUCAAAUCAUAACAACACUAUUGAAUGCACUAAUGCAGCCAUAUGCAAGAUACAUGCGAAUCUAUGACGAUGUGGCCGUGAGCGAACGAUCUCGAUCGCCAACCUCAACGUUGACCACCGAAAUGUGCGCCUCGUCACCGACGUCGAGCAUCGGCACUCAGUGCCCGAUCUACGAGAACGUGGCCGACUUCGCACCGUUGGCGGCUCGAGGCGCCGACUCGGCGACACCGCCGUUUGACCGAUCACAGCGGCUGAACAUGGACUUCAUCAACCACAUUCCGCCACCGCCGCUGACUGGCAGCGUCGACCUGGACAAGAGUUCGUCGGAUUACGGGACAAGUCGCCGUACGAAACGACCGCUCGACAUGCGGCCACUUUCCCUUCCUGCAAGCGAAAGGAAGCGUCUGGAACAGAAGUCGAACAAUGUGCUGAUAGCUGUGAUCGGAAGUACGAUUAAGGAUAUGGCUUUCGGUGUUCGCAAAUCUCUUUGGACAAACGCGUUCGUCUUCAGUCCAGAGUCGCAGAAGUUCAUGAAUUUGGUGUAUUGGCCGUGA